AUGGCCGCCGAUGACUUGAUUUGUAUGGUGUCUUUAGGCGAGAAGGCCAUAUUUAUGAAGCUCUGCUCGACAACACGGUUUUAUGAACUGAAAUUUGAUGUGGCUGAAAGAAUGAAAGUACCUGAAGAAGCUUUAUCCUUGGUAUAUAAAUCCGAGAGGCACCCCAACUUGACUUUUUCGGUUGACAACGAAGAUGACUUGAAGUGCAUGUUGGAGUACAAUCGAAAUGUCGGUUGUACAGAGAUUCACAUGCUCGCUGUUGUUAAUAGUGCUGUUAAUAAAGAGUGUUCCAGUUCUGAAAUAAACCAGAAAGUUAUUGGUGGAAUCAGUGAUGCCUCUUUGAAUGAAGAAUAUUGUCAUCCCCCUUCUGGCGGAAAUGCUUCCAAUUCAGAGAGAAUCCCAACUGAUUGCCCGUCUGGUGAGAACGUAGUGAGAGCUGAUGAUAUUAUCAGUAAAACUUACAGCAUUCCAGACUGUUGGCACACAGCAUUAACUGGAAAGGGCCAACAAUUUGAAACUGCCAUAGAUUUAAGACUAGCGUUGCAAUACUAUUCCAUGGCGAAAAAGUUUGACUACGACUUUGUAAAGAAUGAACCUAAACGUAUCCGAGUUAUUUGUCGAUAUAAGGAGAUGUAUGUAUGCCCUUGGAUGUUGUUUGCAUCCCCUGUAAAAAAUAAAAAAAGAAUUGAAAUCAAAAGGUUUGUGAAUGAACAUAGUUGCGGACAACAUACUAGCUUGUCAGGGCAAUCACGGGCAUCUCGUAGAUUCGUAGCAGAACAAUUGCGACCUGUCUUAAAGGUUCGACCUGAAAUCCGCCCAAAGGAUGUGCAAAAGGAGUUCCUCACUCGAUAUGGAUUGAGACUUGAAUACAGUAAGAUAUGGUGGGGCAAAGAAAGAGCGCAGGAGGCUAUGUAUGGUGAUAGUUAUGAGUCUUACGAUCAAUUAAGAUGGUAUGAGCAAAAGGUGAAGGAAACAAAUCCAGGAAGCUACAUUUGCAUUGACCAGAAUGAAGGAAGGUUCAAAAGACUGUUUAUAUGUUAUGCUGCUUGCAUCGUUGGUUUCUUAAAUGGGUGUAGACCUCUAUUAUUUUUGGAUGGGACCUUCUUGAAAGAUAGAUACAAAGGCCUGCUCCUGAGCGCUGUAGCAUAUGAUGGAGACCAAGGGAUAUUUCCACUUGCGUAUUGCAUAUGUGAUCAGGAAAACGUUGAUAAUUGGAGCUGGUUCCUGCAAGGCUUGUGGUCUAUACUGUACGAAAGGCCAGACCCAUACAAUCCUCCCCAUCAACUGGUUAUUAUUUCUGAUGCCGACAAGGGAAUCCAAGAAGCGGUAAGAGAAUAUUUUCCUGAAGCAAUUCACUCAAGAUGUGUUCUGCACCUGGUUGAAAAUUUUAGAUCUAAGCUAAAGGAUUUGGGAAUGAAAGCAAAGGACACACAUGUUUUGGGGAAUUUGCUCCAAUCAGCUUGCUAUAAAUACACUGUUGCGGAAUGGAACGACUACAUGAAGGAUAUAUAUGAGAUGUCUCCAGCUGCAUAUGAGAUUGUAAAUAACUACUCGCCAGAGCAUUGGGCGAAUGCCUUCUUCCCUGGCAUUAGGUACUGCCCUCAAUCAUUUCUAGUGAAUAUCCCCUUUUGCAGAUAUGGUCAUGUAACCUCUAACGUUGCAGAAUCCUUUAACAGCUGGAUACGUGAAGCUCGAAUGCUGCGUAUCCUGCAAAUGGUGGAGCAUAUCCGCAAGCAAAUUAUGACUCGCAUGAACAACAGACGCAUAAUGGCUGAAAAGUGGACAAGCUAUCUUUGUCCUAAAGCUGAGCAGAUUGUUGGAGAACAUAUGGAAAGAGGAUCUACGUUAGAGAUUAAGCAAUCUAGAGAUGAUAUAUUCGAAGUGCAAUCACAGAGAACCACUCACGUUGACUUGGGGAAGAGGACAUGCACUUGCCGUGCUUGGGACUUAACUCGUAUUCCUUGUGUGUAUGCUUGUGCAGUCAUCAUUUAUAUGAAAAGAGAGGUAUAUCAGUAUUGUGACUGGUUCAUGUCCGUAGAGGCGUUUAAGAAGAGCUACGAUGAAAUAUUAUAUCCCAUACCAGAUUAUGAGAUGCGUAGUGUGCCCAAGGAUGAAAUCCAGAUUUUGCCACCAAUUACCACGAAGAGGAGGGGAAGAAAUAGAACAAGACGCAUAAACAACAUAACCAUUAUGAAACGUCCUGUCAAAUGUGGUCGAUGCAAGAGCGAAGGGCACAACCGAGCAACUUGUAACGAGCCCAUCCAUGAUUAG